AUGGCCUCGUGCGAGCAAAGAGUUGAAGCCCAGGUUGAGGCUGACGCUGCGGUCCAACAUUCCGAGCAGCGUGUUUCUGCAGGCAUGAAACAUCAACAUAACUCGAUGAAUGUUGGAAAUUCGAUUUCACAGUUUGCGACCUCGGCCAGUAUUGUCGCCUCCGAAAACAUUGCCACAAUGAAGGAGGUGAUGAUAGAGGAUGCUCUUCCUCGGGCACAGGAGGCCUGGCAAACUGUGGAGGAGCAGUUCCAGGCGCUUACGAACGGAAAGAACGAGAACGAGGAGUCGGCAUCGGAAGAGCUUACUUUGACAUCCGAGGAGCACGAAUGCAUCAACAAGAUGGACAACGAGCGGAUCUGCGACUUUCUGAGAGAGAAACAUAUGAGUACAACGCGACCACGAAAGACGAAUUAG